AUGGAGGAGAAAGUGGUCAAGGUCGGCAUGGGGGAUGCGAAGAUGGCGGCCAUGCUGCCUGAGAUCCCCAUAGCUGAGCCCAUCAUGAUCCUGCCAGAGCCAGAGCCAGAGCCAGAGACAACAGACUCUGACUACGCUCGCUCGGCUGAGACAGAGACGGAGGCGGAGACUGAGAACACGACUGAGCCUGAGAUGGACAGUGACAAGAAGAGUGACACUGAGACUGACGAUGAUCCUCCAGCUGCGUCUAACGGUAUCCCAACGCCCACCCGGCCCUCGCCAGCACCACCAUCGCCGCAUGUCUCGCCUCACGUCGAACGCAGCAACCCGAUGGGCCACGGAGCCGCCCAGACAGUCAGCUCAAAGGACCCCAAGGCCGCUGCCCAGGCUGCCAGUGACAUGAAGAACGUUGUUCGCCGGAAACUGGCCGGCUACGUUGGAUUUGCCAACCUGCCAAACCAGUGGCACCGCAAGAGUGUACGAAAGGGUUUCAACUUUAACGUCAUGGUCGUUGGUGAGUCUGGCCUGGGAAAGUCGACACUUGUCAACACCCUCUUCAACACAUCUCUAUAUCCUCCACGAGAACGCACCGGCCCCAGCCUGGACAUCAUCCCCAAGACCGUUUCCGUUGAGUCUAUCAGCGCAGACAUCGAGGAGAAUGGCGUCCGUCUGCGUUUGACUGUUGUCGACACCCCUGGAUUCGGAGACUUUGUCAACAACGACGACUCAUGGCGCCCAAUUGUCGAGAACAUCGAGCAGAGAUUCGAUGCCUACCUCGAUGCUGAGAACAAGGUCAACCGCAUGAACAUCGUUGACAACCGUGUGCAUGCCUGCGUCUACUUCAUCCAGCCCACUGGCCACUCCCUGAAGCCAUUGGACAUUGAGGUCAUGCGCCGUCUGCACACCAAGGUCAACCUGAUCCCAGUCAUUGCUAAGGCCGACACCCUUACCGACGAAGAGAUUGCCCUCUUCAAGCAGAGAAUCCUGGCCGAUAUCCAGCACCACUCGAUCCAGAUAUUCGAGGGUCCACGCUACGAGCUGGACGACGAGGAGACCAUCGCUGAGAACAAGGAGAUCAUGUCCAAGGUCCCCUUUGCCGUGGUUGGCGCCAACUCUGAGGUGACCAGCACUGAUGGCCGCAAAGUUCGUGGCCGCCGCUACCCCUGGGGAGUCAUCGAGGUCGACAACGAGGAGCACUGCGACUUUGUGAAGCUGCGCCAGAUGCUGAUCCGCACGCACAUGGAGGAGCUCAAGGAGCACACCAACAACACGCUGUACGAGAACUACCGCUCGGACAAGCUGACGCAGAUGGGCGUGACCCAGGACCCCAGCGUCUUCAAGGAGGUCAACCCAGCCGUGAAGCAGGAGGAGGAGCGCGCCCUGCACGAGCAGAAGCUCGCCAAGAUGGAGGCCGAGAUGAAGAUGGUCUUCCAGCAGAAGGUGCAGGAGAAGGAGAGCAAGCUGAAGCAAUCCGAAGACGAGCUGUUUGCCCGACAUCGCGAGAUGAAGGAGCAGCUCGACCGACAGCGCCAGGAGCUAGAGGAGAAGAAGGCCCGUCUCGAGAGCGGACGGCCGCUGGAAGACAAGAUAAAGCGAAAGGGAUUCUCUCUCCGUUAA